AUGAAUCCAUCGAAUUCUCCUAACGAUUCUCGAGAAAAUCGACGGAUGAGCACAGAUGCAGACAUAAUCGGAGCACUUCUCAUAGCAGCGAAGGAGGCUAAUCGUCAAGGUAUAUCACUAGGGUUGCAACACGACGAGAUGGAGGAACUAGAGAGCAUCACCGGUUCUCAUGAUCCUAAACCUUACUUCAAAGAUUGGUAUGCAAAGUGGGCUGAAGAGAGAGAGAAACGAAGAAAAAAUAAACAAGACUACAUUGCCGCGAAAAAGUUUGCUCUUAGUUUGCAUUCUGAUCAUGAGACUGUUGAGAAAAAGAAGGAUGAAGCUGAUGAUGAUGAUGUUAAGAGAGAUGAGGAGGAAGAGAGAAACGAGUUUCAGAAAGCUAAGGAAGUGAUCAAGAUGAGAAGAGAUGAGAUCUCUACUACAAGUAGUAAUGAUGAUAUGGAGAUUGAUCUGGUUAUACAGAGGAAAGCUCCAAUGCUUACGGAUUUGAGUGUGAGAGCUCUUGCUAAGAACUGUGAAGCAAUCAAGUCUUUGAAACUUGUUCCUGAUCACUUGAGGAAGAAGCUCUCGGGUCAUGUUAGUGGUUUUGGCAAACUAGACGCACGUUUUAUGCAUCUUUUGAUUGAUGACUCUCCCUGUGAGGUUCGUGCGAGUAACUGCGUUGGUUUAACUGAGGAUGACUUGGUUAAGAUCUUGUGUGAUUCUGGUAGAGAUACCUUGAAGGUACGUAAUUCCAAAAUCCGUUUGCUAGUAGGAAUUGGGAGUUUUGUUAGCAAAUCUUGAAAUUUGUAAAUUUUUGUUACUACUCUU